AUGGUUAAGGCAGGUCUUGCUCUUCUGAUGCUCGCCGGCCCGGCUUUUGCUGGUGUCAUUGAACGUGGUGAAAGCCAAAACUCUGAGGGUGGCAAGGCUCCUGGCUCUUAUGCUCCUCCCCCUCCAAGCAAGUCGACUGUCGCUCCUGAGCCAACCACUUCAACUUGGUCUGAACCUGAGCCACCCCAUUCCACUUAUGUCCCUCCUCCUCCACCACCACCAAAGUCCUCCUCUGUCAGUGAGAGUGAGCCGCCUCACUCGUACACUGAGCCGGCACACUCCACUGAGCCGGCGCACUCGUACACGGUGCCACCUCACUCGGAGCCAUCUCACUCCACUGAGCCGGCGCACUCGUACACGGUGCCACCUCACUCGGAGCCAUCUCACUCCACUGAGCCGGCGCACUCGUACACGGUGCCACCUCACUCGGAGCCAUCUCACUCCACUGAGCCGGCGCACUCGUACACGGUGCCACCUCACUCGGAGCCAUCUCACUCUACUGAGCCACCUCACAGUGAGUCCAAGACUUGGCCAACGUACAGCAAGCCCACUCACAGUGAGCCACCGCACAGUGAGCCUACCUACACCAAGCCUACUCACAGCGAGCCGUCUCACUCCAAGCCUACCUACACCAAGCCCACUCACAGUGAGCCUACCUACAC